AUGAGGAAGGCUGAUCCUGAGACAGUUACACAGGUGAACGGGAUAAAAUUCAUUGUGGGUAAUAAGUUGAUACAAUUCACGGCCCAACACUUUUUCCUCAUCACGGGGCUAAGGUUCGGAAAGCUCCCUUUCAUUCCGAAGGCGACAAAUGAAAACUGCUCCUUGAAGAGAAAAUACUUCAGCAACAAUUUCAUCGAGUGCACAGAUGAUGAGGAUACGUUAAAGCUUGGAAUGGUCUAUUUUGCCAUUUUUGUGCUAUUGGGUACUGAAAAGCAUGUGCUUAUUGACAUGCGCUAUUUGAAGUUGGCCGAAGACUUAGAAGAGUUUGACAAGUAUCCAUGGGGCACCGUGUCAUAUGCGAUGACAAAUGCUUCACUUUUGAGGGCAAUUUCUGCUGAUUACCAACGAGUGAAAGUGCCCCAAAAAAGAGAAAUGCCCAAAAAAAGUGGAAAUAGAGCGCAGACAAGAAUGACAAGUGGUAGAGCAAGAGAGUACAUCGUAAGGGGGUUUGGCUUCGCUCUUCAGAUUUGGGCUUUUGAAGUCUUCCCAGCAUUGGAAGCAUUGCAUUUCACGGUCCAUGAAGACAAUAGGCACAUCCCUCGAAUAUUACAUUGGAGGAGCAACACGGUGGCUCGUUUUCGGGAGGUUAUGAGUCAGGUUUUUGAAAACUUUGAGGGUGAUGAUGAGAACAAUGAAGAAAUUGUUCAAUUGUUUGGGGAUGAGGCCGAAGACAAAACCAGCACUUCUAAUGAAGAAAAUACCGCGGAUGUUGAGGAAACAGCUACCCUUCCCUCCUCUUCUAAGGGCAAAGGGUCUUUUAAUGACUUUGGCAAUUUGAAGCAUCAAUUAGAAAGCACUAAGGAUGAGUUGGCAAAGGUACUUAGUUCAAAUCAGGGGCUUAGGAACAGAGUUCGUGACUUGGAAGCUAUUGUAGACAAGAAUUGUUUGAAGCAUGAGAAGGAGUAUGACAGAAAUAAAAAGGCUAUUUGGGAUUUGACCCUAACAAUUGCUUCAAUCGAACAUUAUUUUAAGUUGGAGAUGGAGGAGUUAAAAAAAAUAUAUGGUGGAGAAGGGCAUGAAGAAAUAUGUACUGCUCAGAUGAAUGAAGGAGGGCAGAAUGAAAUGUCACCCUUGAAUGAACCUACUAGUCCGACUACAGCAGGGCCCAAAAUGGACACACAAGUUCCAGGUGACAGAGUGGAAGCCUUCCUAGGCAUGCAUACAGAACGGGCUGAAAUGGAAGCAGCAGUCUGUGGUGGAGUGGAAGCCUUUCCAGCCAUGCAUAUAGAAGGGGCUGAAAGGGAAGCAGAAGUCCCUGCUGAUGGAGUGGAAUCCUUCCUAGCCAUGGAAGUCGAAGACGCUGUAAUUGACACUUCAGUUGGUGACAAACAAGUGCACCAACAACCUCACAAGGUUCCUACUUCUGAAGAUGUGAAGGUUACUAGUCUUGAAGAUCCCCUCCUUCCUACUCCGGAAGAUGGGGAUGGAGGAUUGGAUAAGACAGAAAUUGAGGGGGUGGGACGCAAGCCGAGGCCUCCCAUGAAAACUAGUAUAACUCUGGUUGGUGAUGAAGGGGACAAGGAGGCUAAUGCCACGGUUCAGAAACCAGAUGCGGAAGGCAAAGGAUGCAGACUGAAGCGGCCCGCGACAACAUUGUUGAGUCCAUUCAUUGAUCCCUCCAGGAAAAAGAGGCUGGCUACUAGUUUUCAUGCAUAG